AUGCUUAAGUUAUUCUUAAUACAACAAGAAAUACUAUUGAUUAAAAAAUUAUUCCAUAUUUUUAAAGUUAAUUUUACUUUAAAACAAACAGAUUCAAUUCCUAGAUCUUUACAAUUGGAAUUUAAAAAACAUAAAGAUACUUUUUUGACAGAAAUAAGCUACAAUGGUGAGACGAAUAACUUUAGCAAUAGUAGCUAGUUUUUUAAUUAGAAUAAUUAUUCAACACGAAAUAUUUCUACUGCAGCAAGUGGUAGCUUUAGAUAAAAAAUAUUGAAUACAAGAAAGCCUAUAGAUUUUGCAAUUAAAACAUAUCAAAAUGCUUCUCUAAGACUUGAAAAGUUAUUUAAAAGUUCAAUUUUUAAAUCUGAUUAAAAGGAUAAAGAUGAUGAUUUAUCUGAUUUAGAGAAUUUUAAAAUAAAAUAGACACCUAAAGAAUAAAAAAGAAAUGUUGAACAUGGUAUAUUAAGAAAAGGAACAAUAAAAAGAUCAGAAACUUCGUAAAAUAUAGCCGUAACUCUGUAGCAUAUUCCUAUUUUAUUAGAAAGUUUAGACCAGUAAGAAAAGCAAGAAUCUCUACCAGAAGAAGUGAAACUAUUGAGUGAUUAAAAUCGUUUAAGAAAUAUAGUGAAAAAGAUAGACUACAGCAAGUAAAUGAAUGUCUUAGCUCCUAUUUUGUAGUCAAAAGUUUAUGAAAGUAGAAAAUUAGAUAAUUAGUUGAAUUUUGUGCUUAAAAAAAGUAGUUCAAAACUGCAUAAUUUAAAAAUGUAAGAAAAUAGGAUUAAAAAUCCUUUGAUUGCUUAAGAAGUAGCUGAUUUGAAAAACCAAAUAGCUGAUUUAUAAAAAACAAUAGAUGAAUUUGAAAAUAAAAUAGAAGACUAAGAAACAUAUCUCUAAUCUAAGCAUUACAUGAAGUAAGUAAGAUACAAGGAUAUGAUGCUAAAAAGAGAAGAAAAUAUCAAUUUACUAAAGAUGAAUACUCAUUUAAGCAGAUAUUUAAGCAAAGAAACUGAGUAAUUGGUUGUGGAUUCUAAAUAGCUUGAUAAUUUAUUUAACAAAAUAGUUGAAGAACAUAGAAACAAUCAAUUCGAACUUAAAAGAUAAAGCAUAAUGACCAGGGAUAUGGAGAAUAAAAAGUAUAAUGAAGAUUAAGUUGAAAGAUUGAUUGAUUUAGAAUCUAAAAUGAGAGAAUACGAGAAAAAAGAACAAUAAAAUAUAAAGAGAGAAGAGUAUUUAGAAAAAAAGAGAAUAUAAAACUGUGAAAUUGAUUAAAUUAUAGAUUAACAAAAAGAAUUUGGCUCCAUGAUAAACUAAUUAGAAGGUUAGUUUCUUGAAUUCCACCAAUAAAAUAAAAGCAAAGUUGCUACAAGCUAUGGAGAUCUUCUUUCGUUUUGUGUUCAUGUUAAAUAGAGCACUGAAAAUUUAAAAUAUGAAAAAGAAAUAUUUUAAAAUAACUUGGAUAAGCUAAAGUCUGAAGUUAAUGAAUUAGAGAAAGAGCUAAAGGAAUUAAAAUUAUAAAAUAAGUUUGACUUUGAAAUUGAAGAAGAUAAAUAAUAAACUUUUAGCAAAAAGUAAGAUAUAGUCAAUGAAACUGAUAUAUUUUACACAAAAAGUUUGAAAAAAAAUGAUGAGGUUUAUCAAAUUGAUAAUUUAGAGUUAGACAACUUUGAAAUUUAAAAAAUAUAAAACAUGAAUAAAAUAAAAGAGUAAAUGUCUGAACAUAAUAUAUUUAAAUGUAUUAAUGGAUUAAAAGAUCUUCACUAAAACUUCUUUACAAAGCUAAAUCACAUUUAAUUUGAUGAUUUAAUAAAGCUUAAAAAGAAGUAAUUUAGUGCUUAGAAUUUAGAACAUUCAAUUAAGUCUUUUUGUAUUUCAAUUUCAUCUUUAAUCAAUAUAAUUGAACAGAAGAAAAAAGGUGACUAAAAAAAAGAGGAUUCAUUAGAUAUUGAGGAAAUUAGCGAUAGAUUAGAGACCAGUACAAACUAACCCAAUUAAAAAUAUUAUUACACUUAUGUCGAUCUUUGA